CUGGAACAAAAUGCGCGAGCGGGACGCGCAGGGGGCAAAAAGCUAAGCAAGCUUCGCAUGACGUCAACACGCCCCAGGCACAAACAGCUUUGGCUUGCAAGCCCCCCUGAAUUCCCCAAGCUCACAGCUAAGGUGACCUCUCACAUGGCGUUGCUUCAACCGCCUCAGGCAGCAGGGCCCGUGGCAGCGACGCGGUCGCAGCAAACGCCUGUGCCUCCCGCGGCGGCAGUAGCAGCGACGCCGCUGGCAGCAGCAGCAGCAGCAGCAGCCGUGCCCGUGCUGACCAGCUCCUCGGCGGAAGCGGCCUGCUCGGCGCACCCUCCGCCGCCGCCGCCGUCCAUCCCGCCCGACCCGUGCCUGGUGGCGACGGUGCAUCCCGCGGCGGCGGCGCUGCAGCAGGCGGGGCUGGAGGUGGCGGCUCACGUGCUGCUGCCGCUGCUGGCGCUGUGGGCGCUGCAGUACUGGUUGUCGGGGCUGGAGAGAAAGACCAGAGAGCGGGCCAACGCUCGCGCUGGUUUCUGCGCACCCGCACGCUCGUGCCUGAAGGAGGUGGAGGAGGGCGUGGCGGCGGCGGCGAGGCGCAGCGGCGGCGCGGCCGGCGGCUCUCCGUCCCUGACCCGGGAGCUGGCGGGGGCACUCCCCAUCGCCGCCACGGCGCCCAGCCGCGCGGUGCUGGCGGCGCUGACGGCGACCCACGUGGCGCGCAGCCUCGCCAACAUCGCACAGGGCCUGGCGGCACGCGCGGUGUUGGACGGCUGGCUGGGCGGACCCGACACCAAGGCGUGGCUGCUCGGGUGCCGUGUGGCGGACCUGGUGGCAGGCUUCAGCGGCGUGCUGGCGCGACUGGACCAGGUGCUGGUGCUGGUGUACCAGGUACUGCUGGUGGUCUUCGCCACGUGGGUGCUGCUCAGCUGGAAGGAUGUCGCUCUCAGCCGCUUCCUGAUCCGGGCACACGACACGGCUGCUGGCCGCCAAGACCUGGAGCGCAUCCUCACGCCCCUCAACACGGUGGCCUCCUGGGCUCUGGUGGUGUGCGCGGUGUUGCUGGUGGUGUCGAUGGUGGGCGUGGACGUGCGGCCGCUGCUGGUGCUGACGGGCGGCGGCGGGGUGGUGGCGGGUCUGGCCUCGCAGCAGCUGCUGUCCAACGCCGUCAGCGGACUGCAGAUGUACAUGGACCGGCCGUUCAGGGUGGGAGACACCAUCGCGGUCACAAUAGGUGCCACGACGCACGUGGGGGAGGUGGUGGAGGUGGCGGCGCUGCGCACACACCUGGCGCUGGAUGACGGCUCCACGGUGGCCAUCCCCAACCGGGCCCUGAGCGACAUGGUCAUCACCAACAGGUCCCGCACUAGCAGGGGCCUGAACCGGCCGCCCUGGCUGGACAGCCGCACGCCGCUGUCGCUGCAGCUGCGCAUCCGGCUGCGGCCGCCCGCCUACCACGAUGUGGGCGCCGAGCUGGCGGGGCUGGAGGCCGCCAUCGUGGCCAGUGGCGCGGUGGAGGCGGAGGGCGUGCUGGGCCCCCGGCUGGAGGUGGUGGGCAUCAGCGACCGCGGGGUGGAGGUGCUGGCGCGGGCCGGAGGAGACGGCGGCGUCGACGAGGCGGCGGCGGCCUCCGCGCAUCCUGCGGGCGCGGCUGAUGCCCCGCUGGCGGCCAUGAACACCGUCCGGCUGCGCAACCCCGGCAAGAUGGCGGCGGCGGUGGCCAGCGGCAACCUGGCGCCGCCGCCGCUGGUGCCUCAGCUCACGGGCGGGCAGAGUCUGCACACGCCGCGCAGUGGCGGCAGCGGCAGUGGCGGCGGGGCUAGCGAUGGUACUGGUAGCGGCGGUGGUGAUGGGGCUGCGGCGGCGGCUAACACCGGGCCACCCAACACCCGCGCUGUAGGCGGCAGUGGUGGAGGCAGCGGCGGAGGCAGCGGCAGCAAUGGUGGCAGCGGGAGUGCUGGCGGGAGUGGCAGCAGCGGUGGUGGCGGCGGAGCAGGGAGCCGUAGGUCGGCUGCUGAGGCGGUGCGGGCGCUGCGGCACCAGCUGCUGCUGGCGCUGGGGCCGUGGCUGCAGGACCACAACGCGACGCUGGCCCUGGAGUAGGAUGUCAGUGUGGCAGCUAUAGUCCAGUUGGGCGUUAUUGUUGUAGGCUGGUAGUGAAGGGCCUUAUUGACCGGUAGCUGGCUUACAAGUUGCGUGUACUGCUGCCAGUACUUUCGGUGUGCGUGGGGCAUGGGCGGCAGAGUACCCAAUCAAGUCAGG